AUGUCACACUUGUUUCUGGUUUCAGAGGCUGAAGACUUUCAACCAACUCCUGCAAAAGUUGAACUGAAAAGCAAUUGGGAUGAUGAGGAUGUUGAUGAGAAUGACAUCAAGGACUCUUGGGAGGAAGAGGAUGAAGAGCCUACUCCUGCACCUGUAGUAAAGCCUGCUCCAAAGAAAGCAGUAGCAGCAGCAAAAGUUGUUAAAAAGAAGGGUAAAUCUGUUGAAGCUCCAAAAGAAUCAUCAAAGGAAGAACCUCUAGAUCCUAUUGCUGACAAACUUCGGUUGCAGAGGCUUGUGGAGGAAGCUGAUUACCAGGCAACUGCUGAACUCUUUGGAGCAAAGACUGAAGAAAAAAGAUUUGAUAUAUUCAUUCCCAAGUCUGAAAGCGAUUUCAUGGAAUAUGAUGAGAUUAUAUAA